AUGGAUGGCGUGCCAUCUAUAAUAAACAACCUGACAUUUACUUGCAUCAAUGAGGAGGAGCACAUCCACUCUGCGGGGAUCUUGUAUGGAGAUGACCCUCUGAAGCACAGUUUUCCUUCCUUCAUUGCCCUGAUAGCUUUAGCUCAGAUUGCUUCUCAUGCCAUCUACUUCCUUCUCAAGCCCCUGAGGCAGCCGAGAUUCGUCUGCAGUCUACUAGGAGGAAUUUUCUUGGGGCCUACCGUAUUGGGACACAACAAGCGAUAUUUGAGCUUAAUGUUCACGGGGAGAGAUCGCAUACUGCUGGAUGUGACGAGCAAUCUCGGCCUCACAUACUUCUUGUUCCUGACCAUGGUGAAAAUGGAUGCGCCCAUGACCCUGAGGACCUCGAAGAUUGGCUUGGGUAUCGGGUUCGUGAACAUAAUACUUCCCGCCUUAGUCAGCUUCAUUCUGUAUGGCCUAGCGCCGCAAGUACUGAAUGCAAUGAACGGAAAAGCCCCGGUCAUGGCCUGUUCCUUCAUCCUGACACACUUUCCAAACGUGGUCCCCGUCCUGGAUGAGCUCAACCUGCUGAGUUCUGACGUAGGGCAGAUUGCACUCACUUCCUCGGCUGUGAACGAGGUCCUUUCAUGGGCAUCCUUGCCAAUUGCGAUGGUACUCCAAAAUGGAGAAUUACGCGAAGGCUUUUUUAUAUUAUUGUCCGUCCUGGUUCUCAUAAUACUGUUCUUCCCGGUGCGGCUGACCCUGCUCAGGGUUGCCUCGAGAACCCCGGAGGGGAGGCCAGUGAGUGAAGUCUACAUCUCCAUAAUACUUCUCGGAACCCUCCACUCGCUGUUCAUAACCAACUCCGUCGGGUUAGUUUUCCUUGGAACUAUGCUUUUCGGACUAGCGAUACCAAAAGGACCACCCUUAGGUACGACCUUAGUUGAUAAGUCCGAGAUCUUUACCAUGGAGAUUCUCUUGCCCCUGUUUUACCUUAAUGUCGGCUUACACACGGACAUCUAUUCGAUACAAGACUGGAAAGGUACCCUCAUAGCCCUGGCCCUCUCAGCUUUUGUCACCUUGUUCAAGUUCAUUGGUGCUUUCCUACCAGCAGCUGUAUACUACAAGCUUCGGAUUCGACAGGCUUCCAUGCUCGGCCUUCUUCUAAACGUCCGGGGGGUAGCCGAACUCAUCUUUCUUCGUCGCUGGAGAGAACGGAAGGUAAUCUGUAAUUAUGUUUGUGUGUCUUAUACACUCUCUGUUUUAGAUGACCAGUCAUACACGGUAAUGGUGUUAGCAAACUUGGUGAUUACAGCACUCUCGGUGCCUCUGCUCGAUAUCUUGAAGCAUCAGGACCGUAUGAGUAUACUUCCAACAAGAGACUCGGAAUUGAUCCAGAAAAGUUUGCACAGUUCGGAGUUGCGCGUGGUUUCAUGUGUUCACGGCGAAGAAAAUGUGCAUAGCAUCAUUACUCUACUAGAAGCUUCGAACCCCACGCCAUUUAGCCCAAUAUGCGCAUAUGUGGUGCACCUGGUCGAGCUUGUUGGCCGCGCCGUCCCCCUUGUUGUCCCUUAUGGCAAGCAUAAGAAGAUGCAUAGGACCAAGAGCACAGACCACAUAAUGCGCGCUUUUAAUAAUUAUUCUAGAAGUUCAGAUGGCACGGUGACCGUAAAGCCAUUUACCAUCAUUGCACCAUACAAAAGCAUGCAUGAGAACAUCGGUAACCUGGCUCGAGGUCAGGCUGCGCAUCUUAUAGUUGUCCCCUUCCAGAAAAGGCAACAGGAUGAUGUUAGAGAGGUCACAUACCUACGUAGUUUAAAUCCAAACAUACAGGCUUCAGCUCCUUGCACAGUUGGGAUACUUGUAGAUAAUGGCUUUCAUCACCGGGCUAGAUAUAGCAACUCUCUCUUUAAUGUAGCCGUAAUAUUCCUCGGAGGGCCAGAUGAUCGAGAGGCACUGGCAUAUGGCACCAGAGCUUCGGGUCGUGAGGGGAUCCAUAUAACAGUAAUCCGGAUCCUCCUAAAUUCUUUGUGUGCCAAUAAUGACCAUGAAGACCAAAAAAAGCUCGAUGAUGAAGUUAUCAAAGAAUUCAAGAUCAAGAACGCCAACAAUAUGAGCGCGGUCCAUUGUGAAGUGGAAGCAGAGGACAACGUACAUGUAGUGAACAUAGUCAAGUCUCUGGAACUAAAUUAUGACCUCGUGAUUUUGGGUCGUCGACCAGGGAGCAGACCGAUAUUCAGGGAAGAGAUGCUCAGUUUCACCGAGCAUCCAGAGCUCGGAGUUAUUGGUGAUAUGCUCGCAUCAGAAGACUUAUGUGGAGGGGAGACUUCCAUUUUGGUGAUGCAACAUCGUUCGUAUAGCUAGAGUUCAUUAGCUCCGACUUAACUCCAAAGGCAAAGAGACUCUCCGAGCGAUUCUUUAACUCUUCAGAACUUAUGGGCGAGAAGGUCUACCAGCGAUUCUUUACCUAACUCUUCAUAACCUAUGGGUGAGAAGGUCAUCGUAGUUGGUAAAGGACGGGAGCCUUGUAAAGCUUGCAAUGGUCGAGGACGCAUACUUAUACAGCUAUCAGUUGACGGAUACGUCCGAUUUCCAAUCAAAUGUCUGGAAAUGCUCUGUUCCUAUCUCACGAGGCAAUCCUCGGGUCUCCUGGCUCAACUAGGACCCUAGUUAUUCUGCUCAAGAUCGAGAAAAUUCUGUCUAGUCAGUAAUUCCCUCGUCAAUUUCAAAUCUCGGAAUUUUUGAAGCCCUUCGUAUUUGCAUCUCCCACAAGUCUUAGUCCA